AUGAUAAGGAGAAGUGGCUCUACUGCAGAAGUUCUGUCUGAUAGUAAUAUGUUGGAGCUAUAUGGCAUACACGAAACAAGCGGAAUUUGUUAUGCUAUUCAUGACCAUCGAAGACAUACAGUUUACAAUCUAUACUUAAGAGGUGAUCGUUGGUUUAAUCCUGUUGCCUUUCGCAGUAUGUUGCGCCCCAGAGAAUAUAAACCCACGUCCAGCAUUCUAAAAAACCUUCAAUGCGGCAGUUUUGAAAGGUUGCGUUACAUUAUGGAUUAUACCUCUACAAUGGGUGCAACGAACUACAAUGGAUUGGACAAUAAAGAUGAAAUUUUAUCUACAUUAGAGAAAUUAUCUAAGAGUGAACUCGAAGCUCUGUUAUCUGAUUAUGAAGGAAUUAAAAAGCUGGCUAAGAAUAGUCCAGAGAUUAGAAAAAUUGAAGCUGACAAAGAAGUAUGUAUGAACGAAAACAGGCGUCAAGCUGAGGCGAAUCUCGCUUUAGAGCCAACAUUUAACAUGAAGAAAACUGAACUAGUUGAAACUUAUGCCACUUAUAGGCAACUAGAAAUUCAAUAUAUGAAGGUUAAAUCAGAAGUUGAUAGUAUCGGUGCAAAAUAUUCUCCUAGUGUAAUUCUUGCCCUGCUACAAACGGCUAAUGCAGAGUCUGAAGAACAAUCAGAAGAAUUAGCCAAUCGGUUUCUUGACAAGUCAAUGGAUGUUGACACAUUCUUGAAAGAAUUUAUCCCCCUGCGUAAAUUGUGUAAUGAACGCAGGUUUAAGUGUGAAAAAUUAUCUGAACAGAUAUCAACUGGUCAUAUAAGUGAACCGAACUUGCCUAGUACUAAUCAUAUGUCUUAUCUACCUAAUAUGAUGAAAAUGAUGAAUACAGACUCUUCAGGUAGUACAUCACAACUUUAUCCUUCUCUGUUGUCCUUAAGUAAUAGUAAUAAUAAUAGUAGGUCAACGAUACUGUUGUUAUAUAA